AUGUCACCAGAUCAAGCCGCGGUUAUUGCAGAAAUAUUCGCAUUAAUUGUCGAUAAGCAAGUUGAUCCAGUAUCAAAUAUCAUUGCUACGGGUCUGGUGUCUCCAGAUUCUCCAAACAGCCAGGGCGAAACACCACUCAUGAUAGCCGUCGUCAACAACGAUGCAGCCAUGAUACGCACACUUGUAUCCCUCGGAGCAACAGUCGAUGGUUAUGGCAGCUAUUCCGAGAAUAACCAUCGGACGAAAGCCCAGCGAACACCCCUUCAAGUGGCAGCUGCACAAGGAAAACUCGGUAUCGUCAAGAUCCUGCGCGAUCUUGGCGCUGAUGACUCGCUCGUUGCUCCAGACGGAGCAAUUGCACUUCGAUUAGCUGCCAAAAAUGGACAUCGAGAAGUCGUCGAGUAUCUGCCAGCUCGGCGUGGCGGUGCUUGGAAGAGGUGGAAGACGACACAUGACGAGCAGAUGCAACGCAUUCGUCGUAUCCUGAACAAGAUUGGAUCGGUUCUCAAGUUUUUGUUCUGGGCGGUGCCAAAGUUCAUCUUGUGGAAGGUUCCAAAACACGUCGUUAUGACAGUCCCAAAGGCUGUCUUUGUGACCCUGCCAAAGGAGAUCUGGGAGCGUCGACACAAGGUUGGGCCUUGGUGCAAGCGGCAAAUUUACAAGGUCCCCAACCGCGUCAAGAGACUCGCCAAUCAUGCUCGAGAAGGCAUCAGAGAGACAGGAAAGGCUCUCAAGAAGACGCCGGGAAAGAUAUGGGAGGUGAUGAAGCGGGUACCCGGAGCUUUGCGACUCAUUUUAUCAUGGAUUGGCAAAGGACUGGGCAAUAUUGGCAACGCCGCUUUCGACGUCCUGAAGCGUCUGGUAUCAUUGGUUCAUACGACUUUUGAAGCAAUUAUGAGCUUCUUCAAUGCUGUUACAUUGCGCGAUGUCGCCAACGGAUUCCGUGCCGUUUUGCGCGCCGUGUUUAUAGACUUGCCUAAGGCCUUGGUUUGGUUCGUGACCACUGUUGGCAAGAUAGCCUAUGAGGCUCUCGGAUCCGUGUUGGGGACACUUGGCAAAGUGCUAUUCUAUGCUGUUGCCAUGAUAAUACGUCUCCUCUGCUGGCUGCCUCAAAAGACGUGGGACAUGCUGCUGGCGUGCGGGAACUCGAUGGGCAAAGGCUUAGAGGAGGUUAUGGUGUGUAUCAAUCCUAAGAGAAUAUAA